AUGUCCUCGACUACUCACUUCCCCGACGCCGAGGGCUUUCAACAACAGUCUGACAACUUCAUGUCAUGGCUGCAAGCCACACCAGGAGUGCAACUCAACUCUAAGAUCAGACUUGCAGAUCUUCGAGCAAAUGGUGCUGGACGUGGUGUCGUGGCACAAAGCAACAUCCCCGAAGGCGAAGAACUCUUCUCUAUUCCACGCGCGAUGAUUCUUGCUGUGCAGAAUUCGGAGCUGGGUACUCUGCUCGGGGAGAAUCUCGAGGAACAGAUGGGUCCGUGGCUUUCUUUGAUGCUGGUCAUGGUAUAUGAAUAUCUCCAAGGAGAGAAAUCAAGAUGGGCUCCAUACUUCCGAGUCUUGCCUUCUCGUUUCGAUACCCUGAUGUUUUGGUCGCCUGCUGAACUGCAAGAGCUGCAAGGCUCCACUAUUGUGGAAAAGAUUGGUCGGUCAAGCGCCGAGGAGUCAAUCAUGGAGUGGAUCGCUCCCGUCAUCGCAAAGAAGUCGGCUCUAUUCCCGCCUCCUCAUGGUCUCGCGUCUUGGGAGGGUGAUGCUGGUCACGCCGCCCUAAUUGAGUUGUGCCAUAUCAUGGGGUCGCUCAUUAUGGCUUAUGCCUUUGACAUUGAAAAGGCUGAGGACGAUGAUGAUGAGGGUGAAGCUAAUGAUGAGAGCUACAUGACAGAUGACGAGGAUGAGCAGCUGCCUAAGGGUAUGGUCCCACUUGCUGACCUCCUCAACGCCGAUGCGGACCGAAACAACGCUCGUCUUUACCAAGAAGAAGGGGCGCUGGUCAUGAAGGCAAUCAAGCCAAUUCAGCCAGGCGAGGAGAUUUUCAACGACUAUGGAGAAAUUCCCCGCGCAGAUCUCCUCCGCCGAUAUGGCUAUGUCACCGACAACUACGCUGUAUACGACGUGCUCGAGCUGUCUUUGGAAACCAUCUGCCAAGCUGCGGGACUUUCUGAUGCCAACGCAGAGUCUCAACCCCGACUUGAGUUCCUCGAGAACCUGGACCUUCUCGAAGACGGCUAUGUGAUUCCCAGACCUGUGAACGCCAACCCAUCUUUGGAAGAUAUUCUGCCAGCCGAGUUGGUCGUUCUUUUGACCACACUCGCUCUCCCCGCUGCGGAGUUCGAGCAGCGCUUGUCCAAGAAGAAGGCUCCUAAGCCAGCGUUGGAUGCCAACGCAGCUGCUAUCUUGAUCAAGGCCCUGCAGCAGCGACAGGCGCAAUACGCUACCUCUUUGGCCUCAGAUCUCCAGCUCAGAGGUUCGCUUUCUCCGUUGUCUUCAUCAGGUGCUGGGGAUGAGACUGCCCGUCGAGUACGGAUGGCCCUCCAAGUUCGCAUUGGCGAGAAGGAGGUUCUGCACACUGUCUUGGGCAUGCUGCAACCCGCUACCACGGGGUCAUUGAAACGUUCUGCCAAUGAUGAUGGUGAGUCGAGACAAUUUAAGAGCCAGAGGGUAUGA